AUGGCCUCCCCUCUACCAAUUGUCAACCCGAGCCUUUCUCUUGCUCAGCUCUGCUGCCAACAAUCGUAUUACUUGGCUACUGCUGGCAAGGACAUUUUCAGGUCUCAGGACGCAUAUCACACCGCCAUGCAACGCCGUGGCGAUUAUCCUGCGUCGCCACAGUCGAACUCGUUCUCGAGGACGACAGGAAGUAGCGCGUUUAGCGAGAACGCGCUCCCAGAUGAAGAUUGGACCCAGGUCUCAGAUCUUACGGAGAGACGUCGCAUCCAGAACCGCAUUGCUCAGCGGAACUAUCGUAAGAAACUCAAACAACGCAUGGAGAACCUGGAGAAGGAAGAGCGAUGUGCAGCCCAGCGUGAUACAACGAGCCCUUCGGGCGGAAUAUCUCACGAAGACCGCUCGUCACGUCUUCAGUCGCCAGCUUGUCAAACUCCAUAUGGUUUCAAUCAGACAAGUCCAACAGAUUUGGCUCCCAGAGAGACUAUGAUCACCAACAGCCACCACACUGAGGCCCAAUCUUACCCCUACCAACAGCAUUACGCUCUAUCGGAGUUGGCUUCUUCAACCUUGCCAUAUACGGAGAGUUACGCUUAUGUCCAAUAUCCAGUACAGAGUUCGUAUUAUUCAGCGACGAGCCCAUAUGGGUCCGGUUUUUCCUCAGACAGCUAUGUCCAAGCCCCGACUCCAUCCCAUCGAACAGGUUCUGGUGGAGAUCGAGCUUUCGUUGCCCACGCCGAGAGUUUUCUAGAGUACAAUACGAGCUUCACAGGAACGGGUGUCCUAGAAAACACAGCCUUAUAUCAGCAAUCUGCUCUCGAACCCUCGUUAGCGGAGCCUCGCGACUAUCAUCUUUACGAUCCAAAUGGCUUCCCGGUCUCAGAUGCUAUGACGCCAUACAGCCAGAGAAAAUACCGCCCGCACUAG